UGUCAUUGAAAGAGCCGACUUUGUUCCAACUUAUAAAUUUCUGGAUGAAUCUUUAGUUGCCAAGAUUGAAAUGCUAUUCAGCGAUGAAAAAGAAAUACUCAUGAUUGGAGAAUCACCAAUAGAUUAUCACUGUGCAGACCUUUGUCAAUUCAAAUUCUCUCAACCGCUUUUGAGCGAUGCAUAUACAGUUAAUGGGAAAGUCUAUCGUAACGGGGAAAUAUGCGAUGUUGAUGUAACGCUAUAUUAUGCCAGCAUUUAUGAAUUUUCUCUCAAAAUUGGAUGGCAUGAAUUUCCUGAAAGUGUUGAAGAUCUUUGUGUCAAAUGGGAGCUGUCGGGUAAUCGUGCUAGGAUUGGUUACUUUGACACAGAAGGCAAUCAAAUUGCACGAGGAGCGAAUGAACAAGCGAAGCAAGUUGAAUGGGGAAUGAUAAAGGCGAUACAGAGAGAUUCUCGUGGCGACGAUUUAGGCACAGAAAGCAAUGUCAUGUCACAUGAAAAUGUCGAAAAAAGAACUAAUAAGUCAAAGAUUCGGAAAGUUUCUACGGGUGCUUCGAAAGACGUGCUUAAUAUUGCCGACAUGAUAGAAAACGAUGUUGAUGCUGAUGAGUCAGAUGCUCACAACAAAGUGCGCAAGGAAUCUAAUAUAAAGGAUGAUUCUAAAGGCAAAGAUCGCGAAACAGAUUCCGAUUUUAAUCCAACGCGAGGUCCUACAGGCGUACGUCAACCUUUUCAAUCUUACGCAGAGGUAGCAGCUAGAAACUGGAAACUCACCGAAACGGGAAAGUCGAGUGAUAUUUACGGAAACAAAGAUAUCAAGAAGCAGUCUCGACCGAUCUCGCCUCGAUAUCAGAAUUCUGUCGAAGUGGUCACAACGUUUCACAUUCAUAUGCCUAAGCUGAAGGAUGUCCAUGUCUUUGUUCUUGGUAGUAUCGAUGAAUUGGGCAGGUGGAUGGAGGCAAAAGUCUGCCUUAAGAGAUAUAAAGAGUCAUCGGAUUAUUGGUAUUCGGACCCAGUGAGAAUUCCGAUGCUUCGCUUUAAUGAUAUCGUUCACUACAAAUACGUUAUAAUUUUUAAAAAGGGGGGGAUAGUAAAGGAACUUUUUAGAUACAUCUUCAGGAAUGAUAAUGAUAAUGUUGCUUAUGAAGGCCAUAGUGACAGAGAUAAUCGCGAACUUGUUCCCGUAGAAAACCAAUACGACAUCUGGAAGCCGAAUUCAAAGCACUUUAUUCCUGAUCGCGAUAUUUCUAAGUCGUUUUUCUUUCCUACGCAGAUAUUCGAAACGAUCACCAAAGCUAAUUUCAAGGCCAAGCUUAUGGACUAUCAACAGGUGUUCAAGGAAUACAAAGAACUCUGUAUGGAAACUGUGAACAUAGAAUUUAUCAGAAACUGCGCUUGCGUGGCUAAAGAAGAUGCACAACGUGUUUUCUUGUGCAUACUGCUCGGCUUGUUUGUGAAAAACUCCCGUAGAAUUUACGAAGUCAGACUUGGGGAUACAUUUCCAUCGGCCGGCUUGUUGAAUUCUCUUAGUUUUAUAGACGCUGAUGACAUACUUCUCAAAGAUGUUAUAGAGUUGCUAUCCUACUCUGUUCGCGUGUUAGUCGAGCAUAAUUGGUACACUUUAAAAUCUUUUGAGUGGAUGGGAAUGUUCAAAGUAGCAGCGUUUAUCGAUCCAGAAUAUUCGUUCUUGGAAUUAGUUGGACAACGCAAACUAAACGCAGAUGAGUCGAAUCGUUUCUGCGAAUGUCUUGUCAAGCAGAAGCUUAAUAUUGAAACGGAGAGAGAUAUCCAAUAUAUUCGUUUAUUUAGAUCUUUUAUUGAAACCGCCGCCAAUAUUCGAAUUUUAGUAUUUCUAUGGAAGGAGAUGAUUAGACCGGACAUGAAGGCUAAUAACUCAUUAAAACGGAAUUGGAUGACACGUCUGGACGAGAUAAUUAAUACGGAUAAUACAACAGGAUUACGCGUGCAUUUGGACGAACUGCCAGACGAUCUAGAUAUUGACUUCCCGUCAUUGUUCAUUAAAAGGAUUAUAAAUUUACUCGAUGGACAAAGAUCAAAAUGGGAUAGAGACAAUGUUAAGGACUUUGUUGCGUUGUUCAAAGACGAUAGACUGCUGUGGACGCCAGAAGACAGAAUGAAAGUGUUGAAUUCGGUAUCUAUUUCACAAAAGAUGGAAAUAUUGGAUGAGUUUGUGGACCUACUUCAGGUAGUUCUGGACAUCGAUGCAAAAAUGAAUGCAAAACUCGUUGAAUGUUGCACACAAUGGUUCAAACGGGUAAUAAAUCAAACAAAGGAAUCACGCUCUCGCUCUAAUGGGUAUAAUUAUGUAUAUACGGUAUAUAACCGACUUUCCACCAUUUAUCCAAUACUCGAAGAUCGACGGACGAUUAAAAACGAACUAUUAAAUAUUGCUGACGACCAGAUCGCUCCAUUAAAUGAAGCUCAAAUUUAUGCUGCAGUUAAAAAUAUAGGAGACUUACAAGUGAAAGAGAUUUGGAAAUCUUUCUACGCAAUUGUACAAAAAAAGCUUGGGCAAUCUUCGUGGAAUGCCGAUGAACAUUUACUGGAGAAAAUUAGACAGAUCUGCGGUUGUGACGGCAAGCAAAUUCGAGUCCCUAAUGGUUUCUGUGAAGAUAUUCUAUUCCAUAUUUUGACCAAGUUGCAAGAAAGCGCUUCUUAUCAAGAAACCGACGAAAUUAGCGACAAAUUUCACCAGAGCUUGUUGGAUUCUCGGAAAUUUUGGGUGAGCGUGUUGACUGCCACGGGUUGUGUAAACCGUAUUAAACAACAACAUCUCUAUUGUGAGAGAGUUAGAAGAGCUAUUGAAGACCUGGCGAAUAAGCUAGAAUGCCAACGCGUCACAAUUAGCAUGCUUGAACGACUUCUUCAGUAUUCGGACCAAGAUCUUUCCGAAUAUUUUGGCGUUCUGGACCAUUUCGAUGAUGGCAAACAGUCCUUUUCCAUUAAAUCGUCGACUAUUCAAGAAUUUCGGGAAGUAUUUUCUGGCUUCCAAGAGACGUUAAAUCAACUCAGUACAUUUUACGAGAAAUUUUGUCAGCGAGAUGCCAGAGUAACCAAUGCUGAAGAUUACCUCAAUGAUAUUGCUAAAAGAAGGGACUCACUUGAUAAGAUUCGAUACAAAGAUAUUUUAUUAAAAGAGUAUUGGGAAAUUCAUCAAUCGAUAACUGACGUUGCAGAACGCAUAUAUCCGUUUCGUGAUUCGGGAACCUUUGCCAAUGUUUUUGAAGAAUGUUUGAAGGAAGAGGAAGAAUCGGAACCUUUAACAGUGGAAGUAGUCGCUCAGAAAGUUACCGAGGCAGCAUUCAACAAGUAUAAUGAAAAAAGAGCUGCUUAUAAAGAUUGGAAAAAGUUAACGUGCGCCCAAGCACGUCCAUUGUGGGCAAACGUGAAAAAUGUCAGACAGGAACUGAAAUUAAUGUCAGAGGGCAUGAAAUGGAAGAGUACACAGGGUUUGAUGAAAUCGAUUGAAGUGCUGGCUAAAAUACCCGAAUGGAAAGAGCGAUUACGAUACCUGAUAGAUGUAUUGAAUAUUUUUGCAGUCAUUGAUGACGAAGAAACAUUUUCGACGAUGCUUGCCGGCUUAGAAAAAGAAACAAUGCUGUUAAAAGAUUUAAAGGAACUGAUCUCAACAUUGGAAAAGAAAAUCGGAGCUCUUAAUGAUGAUUGCUGGGAAAUAAUCAAAGAAAUAGCUGUCGCUCACGAUUUAUUGAUUUGGCUUGACAAAAUUGGAUUGGAUGAUUUAAAGAACGUAAUUAAUGGAGUUGAUGACCACUCUGACGAACGUUUAAUCCAGGAGGAUACAGUUUCUUCUCUUAUGGAAAUCAAACAGUUUUUGGCUCCACUCAGAUCGGAUGAUGUGCAAUUUCGAGUUUCAGGAUUUUUGGAAAAGCUUCGCGAAUUGACUGAUAAGAACAAAGUUCUCGCAGAGAGAAUUUCUCUUUGUAAUGGUCAUCGUUCGGCACUAAUGAAUAUGUAUGAAAACAUUACUAAUAGAGGCGAAGUUACGAAGGAGCGUAUAAAAAAUGCUGCGACAAGGGGAAUUUACAUAUUUAAACGCGAUAAGGAUGAAGAUCGGUGCUCUGUUGAGAUGUCUUACGAAACAGAGAAGG